UUCAGCACCACGUUCAGGAGAUCCAUCAUCUGAUCUACAGCAUCAGCGGAGAGCACAUCUGUCUUCGGUCUCUUCCAUCAACUCUGGAGAUCGAUUAUGUGAUCUACGUUGCGAUUUCAUAUUGUAAAUUAAUAUGAAUUAGUUUUCGAGACGCGAAACAGGCACAAGCGAAGUUUUAAGAAGGAUGAGUCGCGUUUGAACCUUCAGAAUCCGACUUUUUUUAAAAGAACUUUGGAGGGUUUUUUGAGAAUGGAGAACUUGACGGUGUUCAACGAUACUCUGGAAACUUGGACUGACCGCAGCGUCGAAUACAAGGCGAUCAGCGUCCUUGUAGUUUUCCUCAUAUGCGCUCUCGGGAUAAUUGGAAACGUGAUGGUCAUCCUGGUGGUCCUCACCACCAAACAUAUGCGGACCCCGACCAACGGCUAUCUGGUCAGUUUGGCUGUCGCGGACCUGAUGGUGUUGAUCGCAGCCGGUCUGCCGAGCAUAGCGGACAGUUUGUUCGGUUCGUGGAUUUUUGGGCACGCGGGGUGCUUGUGCAUCACAUACUUCCAGUAUCUAGGAAUCAACGCAUCCUCGUGCUCCAUAACAGCGUUCACUAUAGAGAGAUACAUCGCUAUAUGCCACCCGAUCAAAGCGCAGUUUUUAUGCACCCUCUCGCGCGCGAAGAAAAUAAUUUUCGGAGUUUGGGUUUUCACGUCGCUUUACUGCGUAAUGUGGUUUUACCUGUCCGAUAUCCAACAGGUGCUCUACAAAGAUGUGACUAUAAUAACGUGCGCUUACAAAGUGUCCAGAAACCUUUACUUACCCAUAUAUUUUUUCGACUUUGGCAUCUUUUUUGUUCUGCCACUCACUCUUGCUACUGUCCUGUACGGCCUUAUUGCGAGAAUCCUGUUUCUUAAUCCUCUUCCGUCGGACCCCAAAGAAGACAAGAACGGGCACGAGAACUUCUCUAAAGCCCAGAAGAACAAGAUAAGGAACUCCAGCCGCUGCUCCAGCACGACCGCGGCGUCCAGAAGACAGGUUACAAAAAUGCUGGCAGUGGUAGUUGUUCUGUUUGCUGUACUCUGGAUGCCGUACCGUACUCUGGUGGUGGUGAACUCCUUCCUGCACGAGGCCUACCUGGACACCUGGUUUCUGCUCUUCUGCCGCACAUGUGUCUACCUCAACAGCGCCAUCAACCCUCUUAUCUACAACGCCAUGUCUCAGAAGUUCCGCGCCGCCUUCCGAAGGCUCUGCCGCUGCGGCCGAAACGCCCAGGCCAACAAGGCAGCCUAUAGUGUGGCACUAACCUACAGUGUUGCCAAGGAAACGUCAACGGUGGAAAGCACAGGGCAUUUUUCAACCGAGAUAGACGAUUUGACACCGACAGAGGAGCUGUUUCCUGAUAAGAAGCUUCUGUAUCCAGAGGACUGUGACUUUAGGAAGGAGACUUUCAGCCAGGCCUGAUAAACUCACUACAGCUACACACACCAUAAAUCUCAGAAUACCAGAUAUCUGACGUAACAAUACAUACUCAACUGCAGGGACAGCACUUUGAAAGUUUCACUUUAUCUUGAUUUAAAAGAAAAGCAUGCUCAAUACAGUCGAAUUUAUCUUCCUGUCUCGUUCACUUGCCAAAAAGAACGUGAAAUCAAACCACUUAAUUAAAAUCGCAGUACACUGCAUAUGUAAUGCGGGGUAAACUGAAGUACAUAUUGAUCUAAAAAUAUCUUUAGGGAUUGCCCUUGUGAUUAAUGUGUGGCCUUUUCCCCCUGCAGACCCCUGGGGGGAAAAUGCUGAAACUGCUUUAUUCUGCAGUUGCAGUCGUUUCAGGAAUGUUCAAUAAGAGUAAACUUAGUUUACAUCCCACUGUAUAGAAAUAUAUAUAUUUAUAUAAUACAAAAUGCUUUCAAACUGCAUAGCAUUUUUUUGAUAUGUGAAGAUCAUUGGCAUUCUGAUAUCCCACUGAAGAAAAAUUUGAUUUGAAGUUUAAUGAGCUGCUUUUUUAUGUUAAGGUAAUGCAAAUAAGCAAAUGAACGAAGAAGCAAAUGUAUGAACAAAAGAUGAAAUGGGUAUAACAUUUUUACAUCGACGGCAUUGAUGUAAAUUAUUUUUAGGCGAGUCAUUCUUAAAGCUCAAUGUGCCAUUAUCUCCACCAGCUGGACAGGGUUGCCAGGUGUGCGAAACAAAACCACCCUAAUUGCUAAUCAAUUACCUCCAAACUGGUCCAAUUUUACGUUUUUUCCAAGCCUGUUUUUCAGUAUUGUCAGAUUUUUUCAGUAAAUCACGUCCUGGGGGAGGUGGGAUCACGCUGCAAAAAUUUUAACCCCCGAUUUUCGCUCGCUGGCAGGUUUUGCGAAAUCACAAACAAAAUGCUGGAAAUCUGACUGAAAAUAAAUCAGCGGUAACCUACAACUAAUGAGACGGCGACAUACAUGGUAGCAGGACGUUCAGGUACGAGUUAUAGACCACAAUACCAGCAAGCUCUGUCGAUUUGGACCCAAGAAAUUGUGAAAUAUGCACUUUGUUAGUAACAUUUUCAGUCGUGCACAUAACAGCAACCGAAAGCUGUGCGAAAACUACAGUGAUCCGAUGACUUUGAAAAUGGUGCAGUGUGGACACGUCAUAAAAAACAGUAAAAGUAGCCCGAUUCUGUGGGAAAUUCAGACUUGGCAACACUGCAUAAUACUCGUUUCCUCACACGUUGUUGCCAAACACCCCCUUGAUUGCCAUUGGUCAUAUAAAAUAAACAAUCUCGCCCCAAACUCAUGCUAUUGGCUGAUAAAAGCAUGCAGAUAAAACCUUCAGAGAAAUGGCCGAAAAACCCCAAAACAAAACACCACUGUGUGUACUCUGCCUUACUUAUGUUUAACAACUACUUAGCAUAAAGAACAUUUAUUGAGCUUAAACUGAAGAUUAUUAACAUUACUAAGUAAAUGAAUGUUUGAAAAAAUGUCUAAAAAUACUCCUCAUCCGAUGAAUGAAUCCUUUGUUCAUUCUCUUGUAUCAUAAAUGGGUAGACAGCAUACGAUUGUAUUGGUGAACUUCAUGCUAGUCGAUAAGCUAAGAUGGUUUGUACAUGGUUAAAUGUCUUGUUUUCUUCAUCUCUGUCGCAACUGACCGUGCAUUCAAUUAUUCUGCAUUAAUAUGUCGUGUUUUAGGUUUUGAAUAUAAUAUCUUAGUGUUCUUGAUGUAAAAAAAAAAAAAAAAAAGGUCUGUUCCGUUUUGAUAGCUAGUCAGGUUUGCUGUCCGGGUGUCAAAAAAUAGGCUAUUUUAGUGAAUUAAAUAACUCAGUUUAAAUAGGUUCUUACGAAGAUACAGUCACACGAAUGGGUUUGAAUCUACACGCCGAGAUGGUGUUCUGAAGUGUUGAUGCUUAUCAUUUUAAAGCUCUUUUCCGCUCGAAACAAAUGUAUAAAUUGUUCAGUAUGUUUAAUUGUGCUGUAAUUACUGUCUCAGUUUGGUGAAUGCUUGCCAUUAACGUUGAUACGCCUGAUGCUGAAUCACUCAGUCAAACGCAUCCAUAUUAUAACUAUUGAUAUUUUGCAUUUGUGUUAUUAUCCAGGGGUUAAUUAAUGCCGUUACAUCUACAUCUAUUUUAAAACAUAUUUCUGAAUAAA